GACGUAACGUGUUUUUUUCCUGCAGACGAAACUGGCAAGACAGGGUCUGGGGCGAAGUUUUGGAAAAAAAAAGUCGCUAGAUAAUUAGCUGGGCGGGUGCUUAGCGCUCCAUUUAGUGGCCUGCUGACCUAAUACACAUACCUUUUGUAUUGGUGACAACUAUCUUGUCUUUCCACCGGCAUAAAAGACCUUUUUGACGGAAGGAAACCCACACUACGGUACCACGCGUUGCAGUACUGGUUAAAACUGGUUCCAGCUUCAAGAGCCGUGCAUGUGCGAGUGUUUUUCUCAAGACUUGUUCUUUCCUUCCUUCUCUGGUUGGAGUUACGGCUACAAGACUGAGGACUAGAAAAUGUCGUUCCCACUUAUGAGUGGCCUUAUCAAGACUGUUGAGACCUCUACCAGACUGUCUUACCUAACGAGGUAUGUCUUGGGUAGGUCUCAAGGAGCUCGGCUUGUCUUGAGGAGAGGACUGUUUUCUUACUCGCGGCAGAAUGUCCGCGAAGGCGCAAGUCUUAACUGUCAGGUAAAGAUGGCAAUGGGAAGGAAUAGGAGAGAAGUUUUUCCAGUCUUGAAGAUGCAAAGUUGUGCUUGCUAUCACACCCCACACCCUGAACACACCAAUGGCGCACCCACAACCCAAGUGUCAGACAACCAAGGGGCCCCCAAGGAGGAAGAACUCCAAGGAGAGAGCGAAACACUUGGAAAGGUGGAGCCAGAAAAGAUGCAGCUAAUCUACACGUGCAAAGUCUGCCAGACCAGGUCUGUGAAGAUCAUAUCGAAGGUCGCCUACACCAAGGGGGUCGUGAUUGUCAAGUGUUCGGGCUGCAACAACAACCAUCUGAUCGCGGACAACUUGGGAUGGUUCUCCAAAGAGCAGGGGAGAAGAAACAUUGAAGAAAUUCUAGCAGCCAAGGGAGAGACGGUUCGGAGAAUCGCCAACACGGAAGAACUUCUGGAGCUAGCCGCAGAUGACGUUGCAGGGAAAGAUGCAAUGGACAAACUGAGGGAGCAAAAGAGCGGAGUUGAACCCACCAGCAGCAAAGAAAAAGAUACAUGACAUUGCACUGCAGAAAGGACAAGCUACAAAUACGGUAGUGGGGUCAUUUGAUUCAGUAAUGUGCACAAUGUGUUGUAAUCACUAUCAUGCCUUUGUAGAGUUAGAGUAGUUCAAAUUGAAAAAUGGAUGUAUUGUAAAUAAGUGCAUUGCCUUAGGUCUACGUAGGAAGCAGAAAACUAGAUGGACAGUAUUAAAAUUUCUUUCAGCUCUGCUUCAUAAAAAGCACAAAAAGAUGUCAUUUCAUCUGGUGCCUUUGGCACAUUUUGUGACCAAAUUGUAUUUUUUCAACUUUGGACAAAGCCAUCAAAAAUAUUGUUGUAGAAUUACAAUUAGAUUAAAUGGAUCUGCAUGGUGAAUUUUUGAUGGCGUAAUUUUGUACAAACUUUUCAUAUGCUGAGGUUAUUACAUAGAGAUGCAAUGGAACCAAGUUUUAUUGAAAGAAACAAAAGGAAAGUGAGUGAAGUAGACAAUUUGGAGCCGUAAUUAUAAGGAAAUAAUGUUCACUGUAAGAGCCGAGAAUAGUGUAGAAAAUCUUCUUGAGAGCCGUUAAGAAGGAUGAAGAAAUAUUACUGCUGAAGCC